CAACGACAGAAAAGAAAAUACUGUGAAGCAAUCGAAACAACGCCAAUUGAAGAGACUCCUCCUUUGGUUUAUCUCAACAAAACAAGACAACUAAGCACUGUAGAACUUGAGAAUGAAGUGCAUAAUGCAGAAUUAUAUGAUUUCGACCUACGUUUCAAAAAAACAACGAGAAUCAAUUGGAAAGAAUGCUUCAACAAAGGA